UUGGAGAUCACGUUGAGAUAGUUGAAACACUGCAUGCAAUUCUGUCAACGGCCACUUGUGGGUUCAGUGAGAGAACGCAGAUUCACGCCUAAGGUGACCACUACUGUAACUUCGUGAAUAUCGGAUAUGGAAAACUACGAAGUUUUGGAACCUCUUGGCAGCGGUGGAUUUGGAGAAGUACUAAAAUGUAGAAGCCUUCGUUCAGGGAACUUCUUCGCCAUGAAAAGGUUUUUUGCCCCGGAUGAAACGCAUCUCAUCUUUCAGCGGGAACUCGCUCCUCUGUCGGUGUUGAAGCACGACAAUGUCAUCCGACUGCUGACUGCGUUCCUCCACGGGGGGAUCAUGCAUGCUAUCUUUGAGCGUCUCGAACACACCCUUCUUCACGAGCUGAAGAUAAAAGGCUGCGUUCUGGAGAGUCUGACGAUCAAGAAAUACAGUUUCCAGAUCCUAAGAGCAGUGGACUUCAUCCACAGCCACAAUAUAAUGCAUCGAGACAUCAAGCCAGAUAACCUGCUGGUCUCGCGCUCGGGAGUCCUCAAGUUGGCCGACUUUGGCUCCGGCCGCGCGUCCAACCAUGCUGCCGUACCGCUCACACGGGCUGCGGGUACGAUGUGGUUCAGCGCACCAGAGAUGCUGGUGAUGGACCCUGACUCCAACAAGCCUGUUGAUGCAUGGGCCGUUGGGUGCACCUUGGUGUUCAUGGCCACGGGAAAGUACUUCCUGAAUGGCGAAAGAUUCCUGGAACACAUCAAGAUGAUUAUAGCCAAAGUGGGACCUCUGACUGCCAUCCAGGAGCAGCAAUAUUUUAAUAAUGUGAAAUACGCCAGAGAGUUUGGGGCACUGCCUGUGGUGCAUCCCACCUCCGACCUGAUGGAGGAGUACGGCAUCUCUGACCCCCUGCUGGCUCAGCUGAUGGAGAUGUGUCUGCAGAUGGACCCGGUGGACAGGUGGCGCUGCUCUGCGCUGCUUAGACACCCCUACUACACCCAAGAUCAUUUCCACGAGAAUUUUCCCAAUGAGCUGGAAAAUAUGGUUGACCAGGAUCAGUCUGUCCACCUCAUGGUGGAGCAAGAGUCUUUCCCACCAAUUACAACAUUGGAAAAAUUCCAGGAACGCAAUAACAGUCCCACAGUGGAGAGAGUUGAUGAGGAAAAGUGCAGCCGUCUCCCUACUUGUGUACAUUUACGGGAACUUUGGAAAGACAUAACGGAAGCACUCUGGAGAACCAUCGACAAAGUCUGGGGGCUUGUUGAGGUCUACAUUUAGAGUUGGUGAUCAUCAACAUGGUGAUCAUGUUGAGAUGAUGUUAAAUUGCCAAUUGUCUUUUUCUGUUCCAUGUUGUCUUU